CACGUUGCGUGAGACGAGUUUACCAUUACGUCGCCGUCGUCCGUCUCGUAGGUUAUGUCGCGUUGACGGCAUUGAGCAAUCGCGCGCGCAUCGAAAUCCCGAAACUCGUGUUAAAAUUUGCACCGUGAAAUCGCGCGUGAAUCAGUCCUGGCCCGCGACUCCAACCAACGAGCGAGAAGCAUUCGAGCCGGUAUUCAUAGAAUCGUACGAUCCUUGCGUUUCGUCCUCCAUUAGAGAUCGCGUUGCACACUGUUGCACACCCUCGAGAGAGAAAGAGAGUCUCGUUUACUACGCAACGGGCGCGCCGCUUAUCGCUAGUAGCAACGCCGGACGGAGAAUCCUCAUCUUUGUUUCCCCUGCCGGCGAACGUGACCGUGACGCGAGAAGGGAAGAAAAAAGGAGAGAGAAAGAAAAAAAAACGUGUCGAAAUCGACGCGCGGAAAGUCCGCGACACAUCGAAGAAGAGACGUAAAUCGUGCGACGAGAUGUCGGCCUCUCCCAUCGCUAGACAGGCCACUCAGAGCCAGAGCAUACCAUCCAAGAGGAUCGUCAUCCACGAUCCCAACCAGCUACCGGCGGACUACUCGUCCACCCCCGGGGGCACGCUCUACUCCACGACGCCGGGAGGUACUCGCAUCGUAUACGAACGUGCGUUUCUGAUGAACCUGCGGAAUUCGCCGAUAUCGCGAACGCCACCGCGAAAUACGAUGACCAUACCGUCGGAAUUGCUGAAGGGCAACACGCCGGCCAUCACGAAAGAUCCCGCCAAAAUUAUUAAUAAAGACUCUCUGGUGAUCGAGGAAUCUGCGGAGCAGUUCGAGAUGGAUAUGUGAGACAAAUACACCGUGCUGUCGUUCACAACGAUCGAAAUGUGUUUGUAGCCAUGCUCGAGAGUAUUGUCGAUCAGUCCGAUGACAAUCGCACGGAGUAAUAUGGCUGACACGCUUUAAUUCUGUGCCUUUUUACCAGUGGUCUUAUUAAGAAUUAUAAAUCUUUAAAAGAUUUUUUUCUUGACGGAAGGCCAUAUUCUUAUUCAUAUGUAUUGUAUACAAAUCAUUUAAUUCUUGACGCUAGUUAUCAACCAGCGUAAUACGUAUAUUUACAUAUAAAGAACGACCGUGGAUGUCAAGGUGCUCAUGUCCGCGUGCGACAUUAGCGAUUUGUCUUCCUUUUAAAAAUGGCUAACGCGUUGAUUUUUAACGUGUUUCGUAAGGAACUUGUAUCUAUAAAUAAAUGAUACAUGUUUUAUACAUAUACAAA